AUGUUUCUACUGGCAUGCUUGAUUGGGGCUAUCUGCCUUCCCCUCAUCACCAGAGGCAAGAGAAACUUCAGCUGGCGAAACACCAAGUUCAAGCGCUUGUUUCGAAGUGACAUCCUCAUCCUAGUGAAGCUUUUACUUGUGCUGAAGGUCAAGGCUGCGCGAGUCCGCGGCGUUGACUGGAGUGUAGCAGACAUGUUCGAGGAGAUCCUCUAUCGCCACGGCGGCAAACCAGCAAUCGUGGUGGCUGAAACGGGUUCAUCUACCACUUACACUCUGCUCGAUCGAAGAUCAAAUCAGGUCGCCUACUGGGCUCUGAGCCAAGGCCUCCAGAAAGGAGACGUUAUCGCGCUGAUCAUGCCGUCGUGCCCUGACUACGUGGCCAUUUGGCUAGGCAUGGCGAAGGUUGGGGUGUGUACGGCCCUUGUCAACAUCCACACCAAAGGCCCAGCGCUUGCACACGCAGUCCGGAUCGCUCUUGAGCAGUCGAAGUCCCACACCCCGAUCGUGGUGGUGGAUGAAAGCCUUGCCUCACUGAUGGGUCCUGACGUCCUUGAUGCGCUCCCUGAAACGGUGCGUAUCUGCGUGUACGGGGGAGAAGCAGAAGCUGGGGGCAUCUCACGAGAUGAUAUGCGGUCACAGCUAGCAACAAUGAGUCAAGGCUCUGUCCCCGAGGGAAGUCGUCGGGGGAUCAUGUGGAACAGCCCUUUGAUUUACAUCUACACCUCGGGCACCACCGGCCUACCCAAGGCUUCCAAAAUCAGCCAUCUCCGUUUCUUCUCCUCAGCUGUCAUGUUCUCCGUAACGGCCAGACUGCGUUCUGACGACAGGGUGUACUGCGCGCUGCCCCUCUACCAUUCCUCUGGCGGCAUGCUGGGCGUGGGUGGAUGCUGGCGUGCUGGGUGUACCCUAGUUGUUCGCAGGCGCUUCAGCGUGCGGCAUUUUUCGAGCGACUGCGUGGCGCAUCGGUGCAGCGUUGUGCAGUACAUUGGCGAGGUAGCAAGGUACUUGGUGAAUUCGAGCGAGACAGAUCUAGACCAGCAGUGCUCCAUCAGGGUUGCAUUCGGGAAUGGUCUAAGCCCUGACGUCUGGCGCCGCUUCCAGCAAAGGUACCACGUCCAGCGCAUUUGUGAGUUUUAUGCAUCCACCGAGGGAAAUGUGGCCAUGGUCAAUACCACAAGCAAAGUAGGGGCUGUGGGCGUUGUUCCGUGGUUUGCCGCAAAGCUCUACCCGACUCUCCUUCUUAGGAUGGACCCCGAGGGCGAGGAGUUGCUGCGAGACAGCCGGGGUCGCUGUGUGUCCUGCCAACCUGGCGAAGUUGGUCAACUAGUGGGGCUCAUCAAUGACCACGACCCCGCCCGACGAUUUGAGGGGUAUACCGACUCAAUGGCCUCCGCGAAAAAGAUCGUGCGAGAUGUCAUGCUUCCCGGUGACCUCUACUUUGCAAGUGGCGACUUACUUCGGAAGGACGCGUUUGGAUUCUACUAUUGGGUGGACCGGCUCGGAGACACGUUCAGGUGGAAAGGAGAGAACGUGGCUACAACAGAGGUGGCCCACGUAAUCUGUGGUUUCCCAGGAAUUGCAGAUGUGAACGUUUACGGGGUUGAAGUCCCCGGGACAGAAGGGCGGGCUGGAAUGGCGGCUGUCGCGUUGAAAGAAUCAAGUCAAGCGGAUGAACUCGACUGCAAGAGCUUUUUCCAGCACUUGGACAGGCACCUCCCAAGUUUUGCCCAACCACAAUUCUUGCGGGUUGCGGCGAUCUCGAGCUCGACCUCCCAGAUGACGCCAACAUUCAAGCGCAUCAAGACCCAGCUCAGGAAGGAGGGUUUCGAUCCUGCAAAUGUUGAAGGAGAAGCCCUACUACUUCGCGACGGCGUCGACAGGACAUUCGUGCCUCUUUCGAGGCAUUUGUACGAGGCAAUCAGCGAUGGCUCGUUACGCUUGUAGCUUCGUGCGCGUUCUACUGCCGUCCGUUUUUUUUUUCGUUAGAAGGGCUGCGUGUCAGCUCUGUACCCAACUAAAACUCCGGAGAAAUAGUCGGGGUACGCAUCCGACUCGGUGGCAAGAAGAGCA